UCAUUCUCAACUUAUUCACACUAGAUGUUCGUUGAAUUUUGCAUGAAUACAACGUUAAAAUGGCAGGCUUUUUGCAGAAAAUGAUCACAAUUCUACUCGCGUAUCUAAUUACCCACCAGGUGUUGGCCAAAACUUGUGAAACCGAGGACUAUGAAGACGGUGUUUGCGUUCCACUGCAAAGGUGUGACCGUUUCAAGGAAAAACUCGCGAGAUCAAGCCUAUCGGAGGGAGAACGAAGAGUUAUGCAGAAGGAACAGGAAAAAUGUGCGGACGAAGAGCGAACGGGAUUGAUAUGCUGCAAGCGAAAACCUCGUGUCAAGGUUCCAAGAUCAUACGAAGAUAUUCAACCGUUGAGGGAUGAACAACACUCUAUGCUGCCGAAUCAGAGCAUCUGUGGGUUGGAUAGUAGCGAUAGGAUUUUCUACGGAAAUGUCACUAAUUUAGAUCAGUAUCCCUGGCUGGUGCUGAUCAAGUACAUUAACGAUGAGGAACAGGAAGCAUUUCAAUGUGGUGGCUCUCUUGUCAGCAAACGAUACGUGCUUACGGCUGCUCAUUGCAUAAACAACAUGAUAGCCGGGGUUCGACUUGGAGAAUGGAAUCUGGAAACCGACCCGGAUUGUGUAUCGAAGCAGGGCAUCGUGGAAUGUGCCGAUCCGGUUCGGGACGUAGGGAUAGAAAAAAUUGUUGUACAUAAAAAUUACACCCGACGCCAGUCCAAAGGAGGGAAGAUCGAUAUGGCUUUGCUUCGCUUGGAUCAGGAUAUUGUUUUCGGGAAGUAUGUGGCCCCCGUUUGUAUACCCAAAACGGAAAGCGAAGCUCAAUUGAACGAUGGCCAUGUGAUGUUUGUGGCAGGAUGGGGAAUGACCGAAAAUGACGUGACGAGCACGAAAAAGUUGUUCGUAGACGUGACCAAUGUGGGAUUGAAUGAGUGUCGACGAAAAAUCAAUGCGCCGUUGAUAAAGAUUGACGAGACAAUGAUUUGUGCUCUUGGUGUUGGUGGGAAGGACGCAUGCCAAGGUGACUCCGGUGGACCACUGAUGGCAAUACAGAAAGGGACUGGUGGAGCUGAUCGGUUCUUUUUGAAGGGUGUUGUUAGCAAGGGCUUAACGUGUGGAAGUACGAAGCCUGGAUUUUAUGCAAAUGUAUACAAGCAAUUAACCUGGAUCGUCUCAAAUCUUGAGUCCUAAGUGGGGUGAUCGGGGAUAGUUUCAUAAUUAAACUUUGAUAAAAUAUUAAUAUAUAUCGAAAGGAUUGAC